GCGGCGUAGCUACUGGGACACAGACUGCACAGUUCUGAAGCUGCUACGGCCAGCAAGCAUCUGCACAAAGGGAAGACUUAUUGCAGCCAGGCACUUCCGCAUUCUCGCCACUGGCUGACUGGCGUGAGCGCAACUGGAUUGUACGCUUCAGCGCAUGCUCGCUGGAAGAGAGCCAGGGGUGAGAGGGCGCUGACGGGGUGCUCCAGAAGCUGUUGGGCAUAGCAAGGCAAUUUAAACUCUUUUGCGUAUGAUUAUAACAUCUGCUGACAUACUUCACAGUUGGGCAGUACCUUCCUUAGGUGUCAAAUGUGAUGCCGUAGCUGGUCGUUUAAAUCAGACUUCCAUCUUUAUCAAACGAGAAGGCAGCCAUAGCCACUGGCAGACUGCUGUGUGUAAGGGCGAGGGGGGGGGGGGUUGAGCGGUGGCCCUGGGACAGGGUGCUGAAGCGAGGGAGUUAGACGGGCAAGGUGUGACGGGAGAUGGCACAUACCCGAUGAUGGUGGGCAUGGUCGGUCAAGAGGAAGUCUUCAUUCGUCACCUCGCAGCUGCACUCCGCGAAGACCUGUCGUCAUCAUAGUUUGAUAGGUAGUCUAGGUGCUGUCUGAAAUCGUUGUCUGGGUGCCGAGCGCAAGCGCACUGUUGGAAACAAGGGUGGUGGAGGCGAGAUGAUGGCUUACGUUGCCAUUUGAGUUUGAAUCCUUGCUUUGCUCUUAUUUGGUAUAUAUCUCGGUACGUUCUAUUUUCAGUAUGAGCACAUGACUUUCUGACUUUCAGUGGGAUCAUGAUGCAAUUUGGUUUCUGUACUUUGCAUUGCUUCAGUUUCCUUGCAGUAUUUCAGGCACGUCCGGAUUGAACGACCUGACAGAAGCGGGGAGAGAGGGGAGGGGGGGGGGGAGGAGUGUGGUAGCUGUCCGGUGUCAUCUUGUCUCUUGCUUGUAGUACAAAUAUUCGUUGGAGGGCUACUCACACAUGUGCUGUCUUGACCGUAUCUGACUGCGAGGUCAGGGAAGAUUCAGUCGUCUAUGUCCUGGUGUGAGUAAGCUGUGAAUUGGCAAUGUGCGACAUGUAAGUGCGCCGCUUUUGUGUGUGCAGAACGAUGAUGUUAUCGUCUGGUCCAUGCACUGCCAGGUCAUUGAUGUCUUAUCGGCGUAAUCGCCACUGCGGCCAUGUAAAGCGGCAUCUCAGUUUUAUUCAGCGCUGGCCGGCGAAUGGGAUAGUUUAACCCACGCGUUGCAGGACUACUUACUACCUUACCUUUCCUUUCCUAUGGAAUGCGUGGACCUCCCAUGUUCGGGUCAGUACCCUUUUUUUGUUUUUUUUCAUUUUUUCCCAGCCCCCGAAUACGUGUUUUAAGUUCUAACCAGUGCAGUUGUUUCACUUUUUUUUUUUUUUUUGUACGGUGAUGAGGAGCGUGCAUGCACGAGAAGUGCUCUUUUACCCACAGCGAAGGAUUGCGGAGUUCAUGACAGAGAUGGAUCGUGGAGGUCGUGAGGAAGAUGUAAACAGACGCGUCACCACCCAGACGCAUCUUGACCCAACGAUACUCUGUUCAUUGGACGUGUUUGAGGCCUUAGAGGACCUAGAAAGGGAGUGGUCGGCAAGGGAUUCUCGUGAGUCUUGGGUGGCACUAAGUCGUGGUCCUAGACGGGAGCAUUUCAUUGUGGAAGUUGGUCUUAAGGAGACGGCAUGUCAGCUUGAAGGAAUCAAGCUUAGAUUGAAGAGACAGCGCGGUCGUUCGAGAGGCGGCUGCGACAACAUAAUAAGAUACAACAAUAUCAAGAUUAAUGACCAUAACAGCCUCAACCAUGACUACAACGGCAACAAUGAUGGCGAUGGAGGCGGCGACCAUGCAGACGCUGUUGCUAUUGCCUUGCUUGAAGAGGAGGGAGCUGCGUUGGAGAUGGUGCGGAUGUAUAAGCGACAGAUGGACGACAUCUAUGCCGUGCUGAUUCAACAUCGACACAAUCUACCAGCGGAACUUCUGGAGGAGGGUGAGGAGUUGUUCAGCGGAUGGGAGGAGGAGCUCCAUGCAAAUCUCCCUUUUCAGCGGUUGGRCGCUAUUGAAGAARCACAAGUKAUGGCGGAGYUGUGUGAUUGUACURAAAUGCUAGGGAAAGUGAGGGGAAUCUUCGUUGAGCUCUGGGAGGGGCUGUAUGUGAAUACAAGGCGUGAUGAUGUGAAAUGGCGUUGCUGCGUGGGGCCUGAGGAGGGGCAGGUGCGUUGUGCCACGUCGCAGAAUCGUUCGUAUGAAGCUGACGGCACUUGUAUUUCAGCCACUUCCGCUAUUAAGGAGGUUGUAACUCGCCACGGGGAGCUUGAGGAGGGGGAGGGUUCUUGCGGUGAAUCGGAGGAGCGCUCGUUUGUGGGUGAUGAGGAUUGCCCUCGGUGGGGAGGAGGGGAUAUCGCCAGGUGUGAUAAUUACAACAACAACAACAGCGACCACAACGGGAAUAUCGACGAUGAACUUAUGAUGUUUGUGGCGCAGGGUGUGAAAAAAUAUAAACGACAGCAAUAACUACACGGUGCGUGACGGUGGAACGGGAGGACCGAUCUUCAACUGGUGCACGCCAGAAAACGACGUUGAUCUCAACAACAACGAUGACAACAACGAGUCAGCCGGCGACAACACGACUGGGGAUCACAGCGAUUGUGACAACAAAUUUCAUAACGACAA